AUGACUUCCCACGCCGUGGACCACCAUUAUCAACCCGGCUUUGCCUCGACGAGCGUCGGUCAGCGCAAAGUCGCGAUACCACGCCUGCAGAAACAAGGGCCCGGACAAGGCGUGAGCAAGGAUCGACGGAGGGUCCCCCGAGCGUGUACAGGUUGUCGCUCCCACAAAAUCAAAUGCACUGGCGAACGGCCACAAUGCAGGCAUUGUGCGACCACAAGUCGCGAAUGCGUCUACAUCAUGCCGCGGAAAGAUCGGUUGAAGAUCGUCACCCUGCGAUGCAGUCAAAUGGCUAAGCUGUUGAAGACGUUAAAGGACAAUGUCGGCGUUGAAGACAAUGUGAAAAUCGCGGAUAUCCUUGAAUCGGUCGAAGAAGACAUCUCAGACCUCCACCAAACAGCUGGGAUUUCCAAUGUCGAGUCUGACACUUAUGCCUCGCAAGACAGCAGAGACUAUACCGGCGAAGAGUACGACGGCGAUGUCGACACCCACUCCUUGGACUUGCUAGACGAAAACCUUCUCGAAGAUGGGCGUGCUCGUGCGACUGGUUUCGUCGGGAUGAACUCGGAACUCCAGUGGUUACGUGCUGUCGCUUUGGCACCGCGUGAACGAAUCGAUGAGCAACCGGCAGGGCCAUCCACCCAGCGCAAGCCGUCCUGUGUCCCGCCUGGCGAACAGGUAAACUCGUUUAGCUUCUGGGCAGAUCAUGACAGUGUCGAUCUCGAUGUCUACAUCGACCCAUACGAGCUGCCACAACGGGACGCGGCCGAACGUCUAUUGCAGUGCUAUAUGCUCAAGGUCCACGACUCCUUUCCAAUCCUUCAGCGCAAGACGUUUGAAGGCCAUUUCCGGGUAUACUUUACGGCGCUACAAACUGGGAAUGCAAUGCAUACAAGUCCAAAGUGGCAGGCCAUUCUGAACCUUGUAUUUGCGAUUGGCGCAAAAUACUCGCAUCUCGUCAAAGCGAACUGGCGAGCGGAUGAGCGUGAUCAUCUCGUUUACCAAUCUCGAGCACGAGCUUUUGUUCUUAAUGAGUCGACAUUUACAAGCCCCGCCGAUGUACUACAGAUACAAGGUUUGGGCCUCCUAGCGUUUUACUGGCUUUCUAUCGGUCAAGUCAGCCGUGCAUGGACAAUCAUUGGUAUGGCUCUUCGUGCCGCAUACUCCCUUGGGCUUCAUCUUCGCAAUGAGGACCCUUCCGCGUCUCCAGUCAAACGGGAAAACUUGGCCCGCACCUGGUGGAGUUUAUACUCGCUCGAGCGUACUCUGAGCAUCAUUACCGGCCGGCCAAGUAUCAUUGUCGAUUCGUACUGUUCUGUUCCCCUGCCAGCUCCGGUUCCAGAGGGAACUACUUCGGAAGAGCUCGAGGCCGCACAUCGCAUGCAAAAAGAGAGCGCCACGAUGCUCCACGCCGCGAGCCCAACGUUCUCAGUUUCCUCGAGCACAGCCUUUGAUUUCUCCAACAAUGCCGCGGCUGUGGAGGCGAAUUCGGGAUCUUACUUUCGGGCUGUGGUGCAGCUGUCUGCCAUCACUCGGAACAUACUCACCUCGCUUUAUUCGGCGGGCACAAGUCUUCGGCCCUCCAGCGAAAUCCAGCAACAAACCGGCCAGCUUGUACGGUGCCUCGACCAAUGGAUUACGGCACUUCCGGCCGAGUUCAAUUCGCAAUAUCCAUGCAGUGAGGUCGGCAACAAAUUCAGUCGUGAACGCAUGCUUCUUGGUUUCCAAGUUUGCAGCGCAAGAAUCCUCUUGACCAGGCCAUAUCUUUGGCAAUCCUGGAAGGAGGCAAGAGAAGCGAGCUUUGCAAAACGCAUGGGCAACAUGUGCAUAGAAGCUGCCAAAAGCGUCGUCGAAUCUCUGCCCGAUGAUCCGCGUCCCGAACUCAUCUACGACCUGGGUCCGUGGUGGUGCAUUGUCCACCAUCUUAUGCAAGCCAUCUCCGUCUUCUUCCUUGGUAUCUUGUGUUCCUCAUCUGAAGAGAGUAGACGCUUGGAGAUAUUUGUGACAAAAUCUUUGCGUUGGCUCGAGGCCAUGCAGGAUCCGACUGCGGAGCGAGCUCACACCAUAGCGCUUGGCUUGUUCCAGACUGUCGCAAGACGGCAUUGGUCCAAUACGCCUUCGCAAUGGGCUGCAGAAAGUCAACAGGCAGUCGCAGGUUUUGCGAAUGUCGUACCGGUACCUGAGGGCGCACUCAAUACUUACUACGCAACGCAAUAUGCUACCAUGGCACCUCCAUCAGGAAGUGUCUCGUACACAGGCUAUGAUACGGCAACGGGGUAUCCCACUGCGCCAGUUUUCCAUCAGGACUACUAUAUGACGAGAUAG